AUGGAGAAGGGCCCAGCCCAGCCCAGUGGAGAGUAUCAAAGAAACAAAUGGAGAAGGGCCCAGCCCAGCCCAGUUGAGAGUAUCAAAGAAACAAAUGGAGAAGGGCCCAGCCCAGCCCAGCCCAGCCAAUGGAGAGUAUCAAAGAAACAAAUGGAGAAGGGCCCAGCCCAGCCCAGCCCAGCCCAGCCCAGCCCAGUGGAGAGUAUCAAAGAAACAAAUGGAGAAGGGCCCAGCCCAGCCCAGCCCAGCCCAGUGGAGAGUAUCAAAGAAACAAAUGGAGAAGGGCCCAGCCCAGCCCAGUUGAGAGUAUCAAAGAAACAAAUGGAGAAGGGCCCAGCCCAGCCCAGCCCAGCCCAGCCCAGUGGAGAGUAUCAAAGAAACAAAUGGAGAAGGGCCCAGCCCAGCCCAGCCCAGCCCAGUGGAGAGUAUCAAAGAAACAAAUGGAGAAGGGCCCAGCCCAGCCCAGCCCAGCCCAGCCCAGUGGAGAGUAUCAAAGAAACAAAUGGAGAAGGGCCCAGCCCAGCCCAGCCCAGCCCAGUGGAGAGUAUCAAAGAAACAAAUGGAGAAGGGCCCAGCCCAGCCCAGUGGAGAGUAUCAAAGAAACAAAUGGAGAAGGGCCCGGCCCAGCCCAGCCCAGCCCAGUGGAGAGUAUCAAAGAAACAAAUGGAGAAGGGCCCAGCCCAGUGGAGAGUAUCAAAGAAACAAAUGGAGAAGGGCCCAGCCCAGCCCAGCCCAGCCCAGUGGAGAGUAUCAAAGAAACAAAUGGAGAAGGGCCCAGCCCAGCCAAAGAAACAAAUGCCCAGCCCAGCCCAGCCCAGCCCAGCCCAGCCCAGUUGGAGAAAAUUUAUCUAA